GUCCGAAGCAAUUUUGGCGGCUCAAGGUUCCGAGGGGCCGUCGCCGGCCUCCCAGGGCUCCCCUCGGGCGUCUCUCGUUCCUCUCAGUUUUGCACAUUUGCAGACGGCAUGAUGCGCUUUCGCACGUCUCAUAGCGUCGGCGCGCUGCUCCUUCUGCUGGUAGCGCGCGGCGCCCCGAGUGCCGGGUCGCCGGCGAGCGGGACGCUGGCCCGCCCGAGGCUGGAGGGCUCGGCGAGCGGUCGCCCUCGCGAGCCGCAGGCCGAGUUCGGGAGGCGCCAGGCUACAAGCGGCGAGCAGUUGCUCAAGCUCUUGGUGAAUGAUGGGAUCGAGUACCACAAGUUCGGUAAAUCGGUGGCCGUUAGCUCCGACGGGGCCCGCGUGGUGGUGGGGGCCGGCUACUAUGACGACCAGGGCACCAAUUCUGGCUCCGCGUACGUGCUCGACGGGGCCACUGGCGAGAUGCUGCUCAAGCUUGUGGCGAGUGAUGCGGCCUCGCUCGACAGAUUCGGUACUUCGGUGGCCGUGAGCUCCGACGGGGCCCGCGUGGUGGUGGGGGCCUGGGGUGACGACGACCAGGGCAGCAAUUCUGGCUCCGCGUACGUGCUCGACGGUACCACGGGCGAGAGGCUGCUCAAGCUUGUGGCGAGUGAUGGGGCCGCAGACGACUGUUUCGGAACCUCGGUGGCCGUGAGCUCCGACGGGGCCCGCGUGGUGGUGGGGGCCUACUAUGACGACGAUCAGGGCCCUCAGUCUGGCUCCGCGUACGUGCUCGACGGUACCACGGGCGAGAGGCUGCUCAAGCUUGUGGCGAGUGAUGGGGCCGCAGGCGACUUUUUCGGAACCUCGGUGGCCGUGAGCUCCGACGGGGCCCGCGUGGUGGUUGGGGCCUCUUGGGACGACGACCAGGGCAGCAAUUCUGGCUCCGCGUACGUGCUCGACGGGGCCACCGGCGAGAGGCUGCUCAAGCUUGUGGCGAGUGAUGGGGCCGCAGGCGACUAUUUCGGAACCUCGGUGGCCGUGAGCUCCGACGGGGCCCGCGUGGUGGUGGGGGCCCGGGGUGACGACGACCAGGCUCCGGCUCCGCGUACGUGCUCGACGGUGCCACCGGCGAGAGGCUGCUCAAGCUUGUGGCGAGUGAUGGGGCCAGAUACGAAAAAUUUGGUAAUUCGGUGGCCGUGAGCUCCGACGGGGCCCGCGUGGUGGUGGGGGCCUACUAUGGCGACGAUCAGGGCACUCAGUCUGGCUCCGCGUACGUGUUCGACGGCACCAUCGUCACCACCGAGACGGCCACGAGUUCCGCGACGUCAAGCACUACUACCACCAUCAAGACAACCACCGAGACAACAACUGAGACGACCACCGCGACGACCACCGAGACGGCCACGACGACCACCGAUACGGGCACGAGUUCGGACACGUCAAACACCACAGCCACCACCGAGCCAUGGGGAUUAAUUGCAGUCUUCGCUGGUGUCUUGAUCUUCUUCAUUCACAACGCGGAGGUUGAGGUCAACUAGUCGGAGCAGGACGCGGAGAUCGAUGAGCACGAGUCGGCGCACCGUAUUUAGCACGACGCAGUGCCUGUAUCAUCUACGCCAACUCACCUUUGGCUUCGAGAAGCCACGUUUUUUCUCUUCAUAGGAUCAGUAACUGCCUAGUCUGGUCCGACACAGACGGCGCAGUCCUUUUGUAAGGUUGCGGCUACAUUCAGCACCAACCCUUUGGCGCUCGAGCGCCACGUUUUCGCACGCACCAGUGUCAGGCUGCAAUGCUGGCUUGCAGGCGACGUCCGCCUGCUGUCAGCCCAGUGAAUUGGGGCGGCGGAAAACGCCUAUGUGGCCGAGAGUUGGGCCAGAGCUCGGCCAAGCUAUCGGGCCAGUUGUUCCCCGAGUCGG